AUGCUCAGAUCAAGGCUCGCCACCAACCCGCGUCUCAACAGAUAUGCGUCUUCGAAAUUUAGGCUGGCACCUACAGCGGUGCUUCAGUCUCAUCUCAGAAGCUUGACAACCAAUUCUUCUCCCCCCGAAGAUUUGCAUGACUUUGGUGUCAAACACGUCACUAAAGGCCUUAGUAGGAUUACAGAGGGGAUCAUGAUGAAGGGCGAGGGGUCGUGGGUCACGUACGACGAUGGAAGGAAGUAUCUUGACUUUACCUGUGGAAUUGGCGUGACGAAUCUCGGACAUGCCCAUCCAAAGGUCAGCAAGGCAGCGGCAGAUCAGUGCAUGGAGCUCGUUCACUCCCAAUGCAGCAUUUCGUUGCACGAGCCAUAUCUCCGUCUCAUCGAACGCCUUCUUCCCAUCAUGCCAGACCCCUCUCUUGACUCGUUCUUCUUCUGGAAUUCUGGAUCGGAGGCCGUUGAGGCGGCCAUCAAAAUGGCGAGGUGGUUUACGAAGAGACAAAACAUUAUUUGCAUGCAAGGUGCUUAUCACGGACGCACAUUCGGUGCAAUGGCCGUGACGAAGAGCAAGACAAUCUAUUCUGCUGGCACACACCCACUCAUGCCUGGCGUGUUUUCGAUUCCAUAUCCGUACUGGCAUCAAUCCAAUAUGCCAGUGAAUACUCCAACUGCAGUCCUGUCCGACAACGCGCUCUACCAAUUGGAUCUUCUCCUGGCCCAGCAAACCGCGCCAGCAGACACAGCAGCAAUCAUUGUUGAACCUGUUUUGGGAGAAGGAGGAUAUGUUCCGGCACCGCCAGAGUUCCUCCAGGGGCUUCGUAAGGUGUGCAACAAGCAUGGUAUCAUGCUUAUUGUGGAUGAAGUUCAGAGUGGUUUUGGGCGAACUGGAAAUUGGUUUGCUGUAACAGAAAGUGGUGUGAAGCCAGAUAUUUUAGUGAUCGCAAAGGGACUAGGAAACGGAUUCCCAAUCAGUGGUGUUGUCAGUCGACGUGAAUUGACGGAUAAGCUCAAGGCCGGAUCCAUGGGAGGAACAUAUGCAGGCAACGCGGUUUCAUGUGCAGCCGCCGUAGCCGUCAACAAAGUCAUGGUCGAAGAAAACAUCCUAGAGAAUGUGCAACUCCGCUCGAAUGAACUUUUCUCCGCAUUGAACGCGUUAAAAUACGACCCUGCAUUGAACCCGCACAUUCUAGACGUACGGGGACGAGGCCUGAUGGUCGGCGUUGAAUUCGGAUCGUCUUCUGUUUCCUCCCACUCUCAUGCUCAUGAGCCUUUCACCACGCAUUCCGCUGCUUCCCUUCCCCCGGAUAGUCCACCACACUCUCAGCACAGUGCACACCCUAGUGGAGCGAAACAUCCCCAAAACAUGGCUUCGCGUGUGGCGAAAAAGUGUAUCGAAAAGGGCAUGCUGAUCUUGACGACCAGUGUUUAUGAGGUGAUCAGGUUCAUCCCCCCUUUGAAUGUGACCAAAGACGACAUGAAAACCGGAUGUCAGAUCUUUGCGGAGAGUGUUCGCGAGGUUGUUAGAGAGGGUUAA